CGCUGAAGUCCUCGCGUUUCUGAGUACUGCCAUUGGGUCUUACCGGGAAAAGUCCAUCAGUAAGUUUUGAAGCUUGCUGGUGACACUCACACGAUGAAUUCUCUGGGCCAGCCCGAAUUCUCAAAGCGCCAAUCCGAUCCAUGAACGAAAUUCGAGCGAAGGCUCUAGCCGAGAAGGAAGACGAAGUCAACGCCUUUGCCACAUUAUCAGACGCAGAGACUUUAAGGUCUCUAGAAGGAUCCUUUGCCAGGAUGUCGAUACAGUCAUCCCAGACACUGUCAGAAGAUGGGUUCAAAGAAAUCCUCGACAGGCUGUGUGUGGCGCCAUAUUACCGCCACCACCACCAAUUCAUCGCUCAGUCUCGGCUUUCUGGUGCCGGCCAGUGGCUUUUGCAACACGAGAAGUUUGUCGCGUGGCAAAAUUCGAGCUCAUCCUCACUGCUUCUGAUACAUGGUAUUCCCGGCUCCGGAAAAUCGACACUGUGCUCCGUCUUUGUUGACUCAAUGCUCUCAAUGGUUAGCAAGACGUCAACAGCGGCUCCAUUCGGGUACUUUUACUGCGCAAAUCCUCAGUCUGAGAAGGAGAGGCGCUCUGCAGACGAUGUAUUGAGGACCAUAUUAUUCCAGGUUUCCAUCGAUCCAGUUCAUCGAACCAAGCUAAAAGCAUGUCUUGAUUGCGAAUACGAACGGCAGGUGGCGCUGGCCAGAGCCGGCAAGUUCGACCUGGCAAAACUGUAUGCCCCAGAUUGCGUGCGACUCAUUCUAGAAAUUGCCGAACAGGACCCCAUGACAAUUGUGAUAGACGGCGUUGACAGCGUCGAUGAGAUAGAAAGGCCGGUCAUCAUUGAUGCACUACUUUCUACAUCUCACGAAAUGUUCCUAUGGGCGAGAUUACAAGUCGAACGAAUUUGUCGCUAGGCUGUCGAAGAGGAUGUCGUGGCAGUCCUUCGAGACAACCUCCCCCAGGAUCUUGACCUUCUUUACCAAGAGUCUCUUGAUUACAUUUCCCACUCUGGGGAAAUAGCCCAAGGCAUUGCCACAAUAGUCCUGUCUUGUGUUCUACACAUGAUAGAACCGCCGAGACCACGAGCCCUACUAACGGCCAUAGCCGCUGAAAAAGGCUUGGACUUGAACUUGGCACAACUGUUAGUGAUUUGUGCCAACCUUGUCGUCUUAGACGGCAAGUGCGACACACUACGGUUUUCUCAUCGGUCAGUUCGCGACUUCUUGAGUCACCGCUGGGCCUUUUUACCUGGCACAGCUCACCAUAAUCUCGCCUCUCUGUGUAUCGGAGUCUGCUCGCGAGGACUAGAUCCUGUAUCCAUCGACGGGGUGCAAAUUCCAAGCG